AGAGGGUCAUUUGAUGGAGGUUAUAUUUCAUUUUACGUAGUGCUAAAUCUUGUUUUAACUUUAUUUUGUCAAGAUAAGGACGAGGCCAUACGUCGUUUGGAAGCUCUCGAAAAAGGUAAAGCAAAAAAUAAUCGAAUUCUGAUGAUGCUGAUUGGGCAAGGCCGAGGCGGAAAGUCUUCUCUGAUCAAACGUCUAUAGGAUUACCAUUAAAUCCCUCCGCCAUGCCCGUGGCAUUAUAACGGCAAACGGACAACAGGAUAAAAGAAAGGGAAUAAAUAAGAAUUCACACAACUGCAUUAAACAUCCUACGAGAAGAAAGACGACGUCUCUAUUGGUUCUUCUUUAUAUAUUUUAUGCUCAAUAUUUGCUGAUAUAAUUAUAUAUAAGUCCAGCAUUAUUAAAUGUUACCGUUGUCGUGCUGAGGACACUCGACCAUAUUUUAAACCCACGGUUGAUACUUUUUUCCGAUGGUUUAAUACAUUUCUUGAUUUUAAAAUUUGCGAGUCCCGCAUUGACGUUUUCCGUAAAAACCCGAUCAACAUUCGAAGAAUAUUUACGUUUUAGCUUCUUUAUGAGCGAUUUUCUUCUAGCAGCAGGAAAGCCUUUCUAGGACAUGCAGGAGUAAUUUUCGAAAUCACUUUGUUGAAUAAAGUGGUGUUGGUGCAUAUUUUCGGAGGUGCGAUGGAAAAGUACGUUAAUCUGUGCAGUCUUACGUUUCCAGGGUUCGAAACUCGUAUAGUGUGUGCACUGCCACUAGGCCUUUUAGUUUGGCUUGUACAAAACAACCUGAUGAUAUCUACCCAAAAUUUAGUUCAGGCUACCCUAUCUGGGCAAGAGAAUUACAACAGAUCUCCACGUGAAAUUUAUAAUUACAUUAAUAAAAUAAAAUAAAUGAGGCCAAUUAACAAUAGGCGACUAGUCGCACUAAGAGGUCACGUGACCUUAGUCUUCUUAAAAUAGUCGGUACUGUAUAGUGAAGUUUUAAGCAAAAAAUCAUAUUUUUUGUUUUAAAAACUUUAAAAGAAAUUCUUACACGUUUAGGGCAGGGCGCUUGGUAGAGGGAGAACGCUUUAUAGAGGGCCAUUUGGUGGAGGUUAUAUUUCAUUUUACGUGGUGCUAAAUCUUUUUUUAACUUUAUUUUGUCGAGAUAUUGAACAGCAAAGACGUGUUGAAACUCUCGUAAAAGGUAAACCAAAAAAUAAAUCAAUUCCGAUUAUGCUGAUCUGGCAAGGCCGAGACGGAAAGUCUUCGCAGAUGAGACGUCUUUUAUAGGAUUACCAUUAAAGGAAACAAUAUUUUACGAGGAGCGCAGCGAGUGAGUAAAAUAUUGUUUUUAACACGAGAAGAUAAAAGUCAUAUCUUCAAGCCACCGUGUAAUGUUCUGUUUAUUAUAUAGUUCCAAGCAAAAAAUUGUAUAAAUACUAAAAGUUACGUGAUCGAUAUCUUCACUAGUGAAGAUAUGGAAAAUAUCUCACUGUGUAUUUUUCAGUAUCUCACUCUCUACUAUAUAAUAAAAUUAUAUAUAAGUCCGGCAUUAAAUUCUACCGUCGUCAUACUGAGGACAUUCAGUAUAAUUUUAAACCUUUCCCGAUGGUUCAAUACAUUUCUUGAUUUUAAAAUAUGCGAGUCCCGCAUUGAUGUUUUCCGUAAAAAUCCGAUCAGCAUUCGAAAAAUGUUUACGUUUUAGCUUCUUUAUAAGAGAUUUUCUUCUAGCAAAAGGAAAGCCUUUCCAGGGCGUGCAGGAGUAAUUUUCGAAAUCUAUUUGUUGAAUAAAGUGGUGUUGGUGCAUAUUUUUGGAGGUCCGAUGGAAAAGUACUUUAAUCUGUGCACACUGGGCCUGUAUAUAUGAGGCUUGUACAAAACAACCUGAUGAUGUCAUCUACACAAAAUUUAUUUCAGGCUAAUAAAAAAAUAAAAGGAACCAAUUAACAACAGGCGAUUUGCACUAAGAGGUCCCGUGACUUUAAUCCUUUUGAAAUAAUAGUUAUGGAACUACAAAUUUACAAUGAACGUACAGAGUGAUGGUUUAAGCAAAAUUCUUACACGUUUAGGGCAGGGCGCUUCGUAUAGAGACGGGGAACGCUUUAUAGAGGACCAUUUGAUGGAUGUUAUAUUUCAUUUUAUACAAGCCCUAGCUAUAUAUAGCUGAAAGCAAUUUUUCACAGUAAUUUUGAAUAUUGAAUAUUAAAGAUAAAUUAAAUGAAAUCAAAUAUCCAAUGAUGGAAUAUUCUUCAUAUCAAAUUUUUUCUACACUAAAAUACAUAUUUAACGUUGUGUUAGGGUUUGAUUGGCUUUGGUUAAAUUUGCUCGCAGCUCGCAUCAGAUUAUAUAUAGGUCCACUCGCAGCUCGCAACUGAUCAAUCCAGAUCACUCGCAGCUACGCCUAGGAAUUUGAUGCAAGUUUCCCACUCCUGGGAAGUAAACAAUUAAGCAUGUUGCGCAAUGAGACUUUAGCUGUUGCUUUUUGCUUUGUUUCUGCUUUUAUCCUGCUAAGAAUGGACAAUCAGUAGACGUCCAAUAAAUCAAUUUUCUUUCAAUUUUAUGUGAAUUAAGCUAAAGUCAAGUGUAUAACUGAAAUUUUUGCAUGUUGCAUCAUGUAUUAAAAGUAAAAAACAAUUUCUGAAAAUACAGGACAUCUUGAGAAUUCAAUAUAUAAUUCAAAACAAGACGCAGUUUGAGACUGUAAAUUUUCGACUUUAUUUCAAAGUCAUCUUCAGACAGAAUGAAAUACAAUACUUUACAACACAUAUAUACAGUAUAUAUACAACGCAGAGAGAGAGAGAGCAUCUGUCAUGUGGGCGGAAAGAAGGAUUAUCCAAGCGAAGCGAAGCAUGAUAAAGAAAAUAGUAAUAACUGAAAAUGGAAUAUUUAGCUAUAUUUACAACAAUGUUUAAUAUAUUAAAAGGAAUAAGAUUGAAAGGAAAGACCCGACAAGUAGAAGAAGAUUAAGUUAAAGUGUUAUGUGAACAGUUGUAGUUCUUUACUAGCUUUAAGUCCAGUGUUAACAAAAGGUUUGAUAAGCAGUGCUUCAAGAAAAGCAAGAAUGUUGUAGUUGUUAGAUUUUGUAAUGUGAAGUAUUCUGUAUAGCUGUUGAAAACAAGGUUUUCAAUAGGAGAAGAGUUGUCAGAAGGCGAAGGAAGAUCGUUGAGUAAUGUGAACUGGUCUUGUAAGGUAGCUAAGAAUUGAGCAUGUUCACACUCAGAAAAAUGUUGGCCCACUGCACUAGAAGAGCGCCUAGUUGCAUGCUCUUUCAAACAUACAGAAAGGCAUCUUUGUGUCCUGCCAAUAUAUAGGUUUUGCCACAACCAGGGCAAGCGACCUCGUAUACAAGAUUACUACGAGAUAAAGAAGGAAGUUUAUCUUUGUUGGAAACAAAAUAAGAGGGCUUUUUAGUGUCAUAAAUAGUGAUGAACUUAACCGGUUUAGAAAGAAAUCUUUGUAUUUUAUUAAGACAUGAUUUUAAAAGAAAAUCGCCACGGUUUCCGAGAUAAGGAAUACGAAUCCAAAUUAUAGGCAACAUAUCAUCAUCCGUGUCAUGAUUAACGGCAUCGGAAGUAGAGCUAUCAAUAAAUUUGGUUUUAAGCUUUUUAAUCAAAAAGUUUCUAACGCCAUUAGGAUAACCAUUCCAAGACACGCUCUCUCUCUCUCUCUCUCUCUCUCUGCGUUGUAUAUAUAUAUAUAUAUAUAUAUAUGUGUUGUAAAGUAUUGUAUUUCAUUCUGUCUGAAGAUGCCUUUGAAAUAAAGUCGAAAAUUUACAGUCUCAAACUGCGUCUUGUUUUGAAUUAUAUAUUGAAUUCUCAAGAUGUCUUGUAUUUUCCGAAUUUGUUUUUUACUUUAUUUUUUUAAAUUGUCGGCUGGUCAUGGUUUUUGUUGCAUCAUGUGUUGAAGGCCAAUUUACACAACACAACUUUUGCCCAAAGCCUGGUUUCCUUAGGGUCGUGACGGUCGUAAAGAUUAAUAACGCCCGUAUUCUAAAAGCUCACUCACACUCAAUGAGUGGAGGUUCAAUCUGAGCUUCUCUUGAGUGUGAAUGCUGCUUUUGAAUACCUGGAGGGUUAGUGUCGUACCUUACUAUGUGACUGCUCACCCUCCAGCUAUUCAAAACCAGCAUUGACACUCAAGAGAAGCUCAGAUUGAACCUCCGGAGACUCAUUGAGUGUGAGUGAGCUUUUAGAAUACGGGCGUAAUCCUCCUAAAAUAGUAGGUAAUAAUUCGAAAUUUUUGUUCUAAAAACUUAAAAAAAUAUUCUUAGACGUUAGGGCACGGCUUUUGGUAGGUGGGGGGACUUUUUAUAGAGGGCCAUUUGGUGGAUAUUAUAUUUCAUUUCACGUAGUGCUAAAUUUUGUGUUAACUUUAUUUUCUCAAGAGUAUGGAGAGCAAAGACGUCGAGAGGAAGCUCUCUUAAAAGGUAAAGCAAAAAAUAAUCUAAUUCCGAUUAUCCUGAUCGGGCAAGGCUGAGGCGGAAAGACUUCGCUGAUGAGAAGUCUUUUAGGAUUACCAAUCCCUCCGCCAUGCCCGUGGCAUUAUAACGACAAACGAACAACAGGAUAAAAGAAAGGAAAUAAAUAAGAAUUCACACAACUGCAUUAAACGUCCUACGAGGAGAAAACACGAGAAGAUAACAGUCAUAUCUUCAAGCCACGGUGUAAUGUUCUCAAAAGCAAAUUGGAAAAAAUCACGUGAUCGAUAUCUUCACUAGUGAAGAUAUCUCACUCUCUUUUCAGUAUCUCACUCUCUACUAUAUAAUAAAAUUAUAUAUAAGUCCGGCAUUAAAUUCUACCGUCGUCAUGCUGAGGACAUUCGACUAUAUUUUAAUACAAUAUAAUCAACGCGUGUUAGACGUUGAGCAUGGUUCCUUUACUCCAUUGAUCUUCACGCCUUAUGGGGGAAAUAGUAGAGAAACUGAGCGAUUUCUUGCAGAACUUGCGUUGAAAUUGUCGGGGAGGAAGCAGGUCGAACACAGCAUGGUAAUGUAUUAGCUGAGAGCAAAACUGUCUUUUAAUAUACUAAGAUCUGCAGUAUUGUGCUUAAGAGGAUCUAGAACAAUUAAGCAAGAAGUGAACUAUGACAUCAACAACAUUGAAAUACUUAACGAAAUCGGAACUUUUGAUAACAAUGCAGUUUAACCUUUAGUUUAGGUGGUGUUUCUAUGGACAGAUAAACAAAAACAAUUUUAUCUCAUGGACAAAUACUAAUUCUUAAAGAUUUUUUAUCAUUUUUAAUGUAGUUUUUAGCGUGGUCAUACUUUUCCCGAUGGUUCAAUUUUUUCAAGCUAAAAAAAUAAAUAAAAUGAGCCAAUUAACAGCAGGCGACUUGCACUAGAAAAAAUAAAAGAGGCCAAUUAACAACAGGCGACUUGCACUAAGAGGUCCCGUUACCUUACUGUAAUCCUUUUGAAAUAAUAGUUAUGGAACUACAAAUCUACAAUGAACAUACAGAGAGAUGGUUUAAGGCAGGGUGGCAGGGCGCUUGGUAGAGGCGGAGAACGCUUUAUAGAGGACCAUUUGGUGGAUAUUCUAUUUCAUUUUAUACAAGCCCUAGCUAUAUAUAUAGCUGAAAGCCAUUUUUCACAGUAAUUUUGAAUAUUGAAUAUUAAAGAUAAAUUAAAUGAAAUCAAAUAUCCAAUGAUGGAAUGUUCUUCAUAUCAAAUUUUUUCUAGACUAAAAUACAUAUUUAACGUUGUGUUAGGGUUUGAUUGGCUUUGGCUAAAUUUGCUCGCAGCUCGCAUUAGAUUAUAGGUCCACUCCAACCUGGGAAGUAAACAAUUAAGCAUGUUGUGCAAUGAGACUUUAGCUGUUGUUUUUUUGUUUGUUUCUGCUUUUAUCCUGCUAAGAAUGGACAAUCAAUAGACGUCCAAUAAAGGUCUUUCAAUUUUAUGUGAAUUAAGUUAACUAAAGUCAAGUGUGUAACUAAAAUUUUUGGGUGAUGCAUUAUUUGUCUGAAGGUCAAUUUACACUACACAACUUUUGCCCAACGCCUGGUUUCCAUAUGGUCGUAACGAUCGUAAAGAUUGAGUCACGAUCUUUUUCAACAGCCGAAAUACAACUGAAAACAGGCAGAGUGAUAAUAUAUACAAAAUAUUUAUGAUUUAAAUGUGGUUUACAGGUAAAAACUAUUAUAGAGGGUCCUGAAGGGGUAAAAUGGGAACUGGGAUUUGCUUAUUUUUGGGUGGGAAAAUGGGAUUUCAUGCACUGGGACUGGGAUUCAUCAGCAAAAAAACAAUAGAAAAUGGGAAUGGGAUUAAGAUUUGAGCAGGACAGCCACUGAGAUGAUGGGAUGUCUGCUCUGGGACAAUGGGAUUUAGUCAAAAUUUGGGCUGGGAAAUGGGAAUACGACCCCCCCCCCCCUUUCAGGACCCUCAUUAUAGUCUGGCUGAUGAGAAAGAUCGUAACUUUAUCUUUUAUGACUGUUACAACCAUAUAUUCGUGGCUUAAAACUGUUGCAUGCAAUAUGCUUACAACUUGAGUUGUACUGUGUAAUUGGAGAUGCGUUUGGCUGCAUGAUCAGAUUAAAACAUAUCAAAUGCUCUUAUGAGAGAUCAGACGAGCUAGCCCAGGUACCCAAGCUAGUCUGAUUUAAGGGUGCUCAGCAUAGUGCUCAGGCUGGGAAAUUUUCCAUACAAAAGCAAUGGCUCAGGCUGGCUAGUUUAGGCAGGCUAUAAGUAUUUUGUUCUGUUCACAAGAAUAUAUUGUUGUAAAUAAGAUUUUCUCGUCAGAUUUUGAUCGUGUUUUACACAGCGUUAAAUCUUGUUUUAACUUUAUUUUGUCUAGAAGAGAAAGAAUAUAGGCGUGCAUAUUCGAUAGCUCUCCAAGAAGGUAAAGCAAAGAAUAAUCGAAUUCCGAUUAUGCUGGUCGGGCAAGACCGAGGCGGAAAGACGUCGCUGAUGAGACGUCUUUUGGGAUUACCAUUCAACAAAGAUCAACCCAGUACCACUGGCAUUGACGUUAAUGUUAUCGAGCUAUCAGAACAAAAUGCGGAAGAUCCCUGGAAAAAAAGAGAAGUGAAGAAGUUUAUGACCAGUGAAAGUGAGGCAAAGAAGGUGUUAUACAAAAAAACUGCUAAGAAUCUUAAUAGAGCAAAGUUUCUGCUUAUUUUAGAAAACCUUGACAAUAUUGAUAGCGGAGUUCAGGGGUAUAUUGAAGGGGAUGCGCCAGAACCAGUGAAGCCAGCGAAGAGAAGAAAAUUAUUAAGUGAAGAAAUUUCAGAAAUCAAAUCGCAGGCUAAUAUUUUGACCACUAAACACGACCAGAAAGAAGUUCUUCGGGUAUUUGUAAGUGACUUUGCUGGACAGUCAAUCUAUUACGAUACCCAUGGCUGCUUUGUGAAACCGCAUUGCCCUUACGUUUUGGUUUUCGACCUUUCUCUGGAGUUUGAUAAACCCGCCGUUCCCAGGUUUAAAGUAAGUGAGGAAGAGGAAGAGAUAGAGAUGAACAAUCCUCAUCUUAAUACCAAUUUAGAUAAUUUUACAUCAUGGUUGAAGUUUCUGCAAGGUUUAGGAGAAUGCCAAGAUCAACAGUUUCCUGAUAAAUCUGGUCACUAUACCACUGCAAAAGGCGAGAACUUUAAACUGCCACCAGUUUUAAUAGCUUUAACUCACAAUGAUAAGGUGAAAGGCAACGACAGGAAAAUAGAUAGCGUACGAAAUAGAAUCAAGAAGGUCUUGUCUGGAGGAAAAUAUCAGAAUGUCAUUCCUGGGGUUUUCCUGAUCGACAAUACAUUGGAAGGCGACGACGGAGACGACGUGCGAGAGCUUCGUAGAAAGCUUUUUGACUUCUCAAAUGCAGUCCUUAACCAGGAGAUUUUAAUGCCUGUGAAGUGGCUAGAUUUUGAAGUUGCUCUAAGCCAGAAGCUUUCACCAGAUUGCAAGUAUAUCCCAAUUGACGAAGCUAAGCGGGAAGCGGAGGCCUGUGACAUUGAGGAGUUUGGUCAAGCUAUCAAAUUUCUACACCGCCAAGGUGUGGUCGUACACCACAGUGGAUCCAGCAAGGUUGUAUUGGAUCCUCACUGGCUGAUGAAUCGCUUUACGAAAGUGAUCUCCAUGCCUGUCAAAUUGGAUGCAUUGUCCAGGCACGCUCUUGAUGUGUUCAGGCAGAAAGGCAUUUUGUUUCGAGAAUAUCUUCAGAAGCUGGAAGACGCAGAACUUUUGGAAGAGCUGAUGCAAAAGUUUAAUUUGAUUUGUUCUUGCCAGCACGAGGGGAAGGCAGCUUUUUAUGUCCCUUCAGUUGCUCCAACUAUGAUACCAGGAGAAGAGUUGGAAGCUAGCAAUGUUCCAUCGCUGUUUGUAACAUUUCCUCGCCAACUUGUACCGAUGGGCCUGUUUACGAAGCUUCAAGUGAGGUUAAUUUCUGAGUGGGAAAAGCGCUUCCCCAAUCAACAAGCCACGCCUUCUUUCUAUUGCAACUACUCCUUGUUUCCGCUUAUCAUGGACGGGGACGUGUAUGAUGUUUGUUUAAUCAACCUCCACGAGUUCAUUAAGAUUGCCGUUUUUGCAAAACAUGAUGGCAACCAUUUCGAGUUUGCCAGUCAUCUCUUAGCCACUCUGAAAACGUGCUUGGACGACCUUAAAUCUCCAGAUCAACUAUUAUUCAGCAUGACCAGCUAUGACCUCGAAGUGGAAUGUACCUGCUGUUUUGGUAAAGAAGAAAGAAAAUGCUCUCGUCAUCAUGAGAUCCAGUGUGAUUCAGACCGUUGUGGGCACCGCCACUUCUGGAAGCUUAGUGACCUUCAGAGAUUCUACAACGAUAAAUCCCCUGCAGUUUGCCGGUCGGACAAACGCCCGUCCAAGGUGUUUGACAUACAGAGUGUAAAAAUUUGGCUCAAUACUGGUGAGUGGCUAAUACUGAAGGAGUUGUUACUUUGCGAAUUUUGAAAUGUUUAGUUGACAUGUAUUUUUUGUAGAAAUGUAUUUUUUAAGUACUGUUUAAAACAUGAGCAGCAGUGUUUUAUCAGACUUCAGCUUUGAUGAAACACACACUGCGAAUGUUUUAAAUUGCUUCAAAAACGAUCGGUCUUGUAAGUUCAUUGGCGCAGCAAUUUUUAAAAACUACGUUGUGUAAGUCGAGGAAAUCAAAGUUAAAGUUUAAGUAAAUCAAGGGAAAUCUCUAUCACAUAUGAAGAUACGACAUGCUUAUGAUUUUUCUUUGUGUUUCCUCAUGAAUUAUUAAUGAGUUUUUGAAUCAUAUUUAACGAGUAGAUAAGUUGUCUAAUUAUUAAAUAUGAGUUGUAUAUUUUUUAAUGUUAUAGUGAUAUCUUUUUUUUAUCAGGCUAAAUUGCUGCAAUCUGAUUAUAGUUGAUAAUUUCUGAGUGCAUCUUCUGAUAAGCUUAUACGAACUCUUAAAGACAUCACGGAAUAUCAGUGAGAAAUUUUGUGAUGUUUUUACUAGUGAAGAUGUCGAUGCAGACAAACCGGCCAGAAUGAGUGCUGUUUUGUUUUCUGUUUGUUUUAUUAACUGAUACAUGGUUUUAUAUUCUUGUGGUGAAAACAAUAAUUUACUCAUUCGCUAUGCUUAUUCAUAAAGUGUUAUUUGCACUACUCGAAAUCGAAGUCCAUAUCUGAAUUCUCACAGCCUUAUAUCCCCUAUGUUUAAUUGUUUCAAGUGCCUGAUGCAGCCAUGGUAGAGGACAUCCCGAACUUUGGAAUGCCAAAUGAAACCUCAAGUGAAGCUUCAAGCUCAGGUAAUUGUUUGAUUACGGUUAGACUUUGACUAUACAUUAGUUUGCAAUUUACGUAUCCGUUCUGGAAGACCAUAUAUUUCUGUGCACACUUUGUAUAGGUACCGUGUGUAUUGAAUAUAAUUCAUAAAAGCUGGUAGUACCUAAGCUUUAGUUUUCAGGACUUUAAGCUGUUGCGUUAUUUCUAUGGCUUUUUGAAGAGGUAUCAAGCGAACCUAUAUCAGUUUGCCUGUCUUGGUUACAGUCGAUAGGAAGUUUUAGUUAUAAGCAUUGUAGAUAAUUUUUUCCUCAUGUACACUGUAUCUAAAUUUUCUACGCAUGUUUUUGUUGUAAUAUGGAAUUUUUGAAUUAUUCACAGGUUCUCAAUUGACAGGAGACUCGUAUCGCAAAGGAUCUAUGAACGGUAUGAAUCACUUGAUAUAAUAAUCAUCACUAUUAUUACCUCCGCCAGGAAAUUAUUAGUUCCGCGUACCUACAUGUAAUGGUUGAAAACAAAGAAGUACCAGACCGUAUAUAUUGGGGUACUUCCGGUACGUAAGUACGUGAAUUAUCGCACUCUGUCAUCCCAUAGCCUAUCGAAGGGGGGAUGGCUGUGAAACUCAUUAGAAUAACAAUAUAACUCGUUAUCUAUGUUAGUCAACGUUUAUUCAUAAAUCUGGUCCUUCACCGUCACGUGUGUAUUGUAUUUUUGCCAAAUCCACCAAUAGCAAUGUUUUAGGGAAGUUAUACCUACCCGUGACUCGAACAAUAGGGUAAUUGGAAUUUACUAUUGGUUAGUUGGGCAAAAAUACAAUACACACGUGACGGUGAGGGACCAGAUUUAUGAAUAAACGUUGACUAACAUAGAUAAUGAACUAUAUUGAUAUUCUAAUGAGUUUCACAGCCAUCUUCCCUUUGACAGCCAUCUUCCCUGUCCUCAUCUUUAUUGUUAUUGUUGUUAUAAUUAUUAGUACCAUAACUUUGCUAUAGGCAACUAUCAAAAUCUUCAUUUUUUGUUUUUUUCCUUUUAUAACAAAAAAAGCCAACAAAGUUGGAAGACUGGAAAAGCGUGGUAAAUCUGUCGGUAUGAUUGUUUUGAAAAACAAAGAUGACGAUGAACCAACCUACACAGGUACAGGUUGGCUUGUUGCCAAGGAAUAAAGUGAAUCUUAUAUAAUGACUAACUAUAUCAUGUGAUUUCCUAUAUGUGAUUUCCGCGAUCAAGCAACGCAGACGUCAAACUCAACGCGAAAUCAAAGUCUAUAUCUUAAUUCGCGCAGCCUUAUAUCCCCUAUGUAUAAUUGUUUCAUCCAUUUUUCAAGUGCCUGAUACAGCUAUGGUAGAAGACAACUCGAACUUUAGAUGGCCAAAUGAAACCUCAAGUGAAGCUUCAAGCUCAGGUAAUUGUUUCGUUAGUUUUUCAAGUGCCUGAUGCAGCUAUGGUAGAACACAGCUCGUAGUUUUAAUAGUUUGUCAACCAUGUUUGCACUAAAGUAACAAACGCAACUGAUCUCAAAUGUACUUCGCAACAGGAAUUUUUUCUGAAUUUCGUUAUAAGCAUGAACCAUCAAAUAAACAAGACGCCCGCUCGGCGUUAACAUCGGGGCGGUGGAUAGGGCAUCGUCUGGUAAAUAUGCAAAAAUCGUGUAAAUCACGAUAGUUUAAUAGUUCACUAAUAUAAAUGGUGAAUCAGUCAAUCAAAGCUCCGUUUUAACAUUGUAUUCAUAAUAGUUAAAUACAGGAACAAUUUAGAGAAUUUACUGACGCAAUUAUUUAACUGUAUUUAUUCAUUAUUUGGGAUAUUUUGUGGACGAGUGAAUGAUAUACAUAGCUACUUCACUACUUCAUCUUGUAUUUAGUAAUACUAACAGACAAUAUUAUCAGUCUAUUUGUUGAUUGCACAUAGCAGAACGACAGUCACUUCAGAUAUUUUUAAAAUAUAUCAAAGUACCGAAAAUAUAAUUAGGUGCAUAUAACUGAUCCAUCAUUAGUAAUAGUUGUACCACAGUCGAAGAAUGUAAUGAGUGAACAGUUGGAAAAAUUGUUGUCUACCAGUUACAGUAAGAUCCAUCCAUAAAAUGCUUAGCAGUAUCAAACAAGUGAAAGUUGGCCGCGGUAUUCCCAUGCUAUGCAUACGAAAUAUUGUACAUUAUAUCAACAUAUACUUAGUUAUCCAGCUAAACAUGUAUGUCAAAAUUAUCACAUCUUCUGGUUUUAAAUCAACAAUUUUGACGGAUUUUGUGCAAGGACAGCUUCGGGUUCCGUUUCGCUUUGGCCGAUGCUUGAAAUUUCCCGGUGUCAAGCGAAAUUCCUGACCUCUGCUAAAUACCUGACCUAGCGUGACGGGUCAGAAAUUUCGCGCGUACAGGCGCGAAAUACAUGACGCUUGCUAAAUUCUAAGUCGGCCAAAACUGUUUUUUAGAGUUUAGAUAAAAUAAUCAUGAUGUUAAUUUCUAAUACUUCGUUAAUUAAAUAUUUCAAAUCGACAUCGCUAAGUUUCAAUCACAAACACUUUAAAUUUCAAAGCGAAUUGUGUGGUCGAUCGUGACCGCGAAAUACACGACGUUUGCUAAAUACGGUCGGUCGAAACGAUUUUUAAUCCAUAUGCGAUGUUACCAAAUGUUUCUAUAGCAUAGACAUCGCCAAAUCUAAACGACCAACUCAUGAACUUCGAACUCAUCGUUGCUGCUUACUAAAUAGUGAGAAGGUCAAACGCGAACCGAUUUUUAGUGCUUAUAGUAUAGUAAUGCAUAUACGGCAUAACCUUUGAAACUGGAGUCUAUUUUAUAUCUUUCGAGUGAUUUUUCCAUAUCAACGAUUCAAGGUUUAUUAUAACGUUCACAAUCAGUGGUAUAGUGUCAAUUCAGUUGAUCAGUAGUAGAAUUAAUGUUGGAAAAUUUAUGUAUAAAUAAAAUGGCUUUAUAAAUACACGUGUUGUCUGUUCAGUUGCGAAAUUUAUGAGCCAAAGUCAUUCAUGCGCAUCGUCUGCGCAUGGGCAGUUCUACAAUAGUCAGAUAUUUCGCAAGUCAGGAAUUUCGCGUCACACCGGAAGUACACUUAUUUACCGGAAGUUGUCGUCUCCUCCGCAGGCUCUUCGACUACGCGUGCGGCUCGACACAAAAUGGAAAAAAAAAUAGGAGCCGAAUUUAUGACCUCUGUGUCAUACCGACCCGAGGUAAAAAGUAAGCACGUUAUUCACAGUUUAGGUCGGUCCGUACUAAAAGAUAUGUUCCCUCGGCCUCGGGCCGCUUCUGAGACCUUGUGGUUUAUCAACCUUUUAAAAUAAAAAAAUUUCUGAAGGAAAUUCUAUCUUGUCUUUUAUUAUAGACACAAUUGGUUCACAAAAACCAACACAGGAAAGCAAGAAGUCGUCGAAAGAAAGCCCUAUGUGUAGUUCUUGUGAUUCAAAAGACGAAACACCGCUUUCAAGUGACCGGGACAAAUGGCCCAUUGAUAAAAUCGAAAUUGGUUGUUUUCAACAAAUUUGCAAACUCCUCGACUUAGCUGAGAAAAGCAAGCAACCACUUGUGAGCGCUUUAGGUUGCUUCGACCAAAUAACGGCUGCAUGUAUUGAAAAAACGUAUGGAGAAAAGGGAGGAAUGGGGACUGCUAAAGAAGUACUUGGCAAGUGGGGAUCAAGAAAUCAAGAAAAUAAUGUGGGGGCUCUUAAGAAGAUUCUUGAAGAUACCAUGCAAAGGGUUGAUGUUGUUAUCGAGAUUGAAAAGUGGGAGAAUUUGUUUGUUUGUCAUGGAUGCGGUAUUAAAUUGAACAAACCACAUUGUUCUCAAUAACACUACUGAAUGGAAAUCAUAUUUCUAUAAAUAUUAAGUGCAAAAUUUAAUAACAUUUUGGCUAUUGCAAAUAUAACGGCCAAACAAAAGAUCAUGUUCUUGUACAGACAGAUAAAUAGCAUGGUAAUUUAGGAUAUUAAUUGGUAUUUUAGUCAGUUAAUUUUGUAAUUUUUUAUAAAAGUUUAUUUAGUUUUGCCUAAAAUAACUUAAUGACUAACUUCUUAUUAACCUAACGAGAGGUCUGUACAAAGAAAUGUCGGACCGAGGUCUUUUUUGUGCAGAUCGAGCCCGUAGGGUGAGGUUCGUACAAAAAGACUGAGGUCCGAUAUUUCUCUGUACAUACCGAGCAAUCGAGGUUAAUAAAAAGUUUAUUGUAUGGCAUUUAUAUAGGCAUUUAUACUUGAAACAAACAAGAAAUGCCAUGCAUGCAUGAUUUGAAAUGCAUAUUAGUAGCGUGGUAUAUAUUUGGUCGAAGAAAACAAAAAUAGCAAUGUAUUCCUUCUUUUCCACUAAAAACCAUUCCCAGAUAUCUUAUUAAUAACAAAUUAAAUUAAAAUUUUCAAUUAGUUUUGCUGUUUUGUUUUAAAAUGCAUGCGUUUGUUUUUCGUAAUGGACCGUCCGUUACAGGAAAAUAAUGGACCGCUGAAAGUGCUUCUCGUUGCUUCUCGGACAAUCGCAGUCCGCCAUUUCACCGGAAGUGAGUCAUGCUUGCUAUAUAAUAAUUCUAUAUAAGGGACGGACCAUUAGAAAAGUGAGGGGGGGGGGGGCAAAACCAAAAAUUUAUUCCCAGAAAAAAAAUAGGAAAAAAAAUCUUCCCAGGUAUAGUGCAAAAAACAUUCCUUGCUUGGAAGAUAGGCCUAUAAAUUUCACUUAAAAAAAUAUAUUUCCAGCAUCAAGUGAGAAAAAAAAAGUUUCUUCUAUAGGUGUACAAAAAAAAUAUAUUGCCUCUUAGAAAAUCCCCCCCCCCCCAUCACUUUUCUAAUGGUCCGUCCCUAAUUAACAGCAAUGGCACCUAAUUAUAAAAUUAAGUAACUACUACCACUAAUAUGUCAAUAUUAUAUAUUUAC